AUGUCGUGAGGGAAGGGACGUGGCCCAGGGCAGCCAUGGCGGCGGCGAAGCCGGGUGUUACCGGUGCUACCACCAACUUGCUCUUCUCUUCCUCCGCUACCGAGUUCAACUUCACCGUGCCCUUCAUCCCGGUCAGCCAGGCUCCGGUGAUACCGCCGGACUCCGCUCUCCUGGCAGCCGACGAUUCUGCAGAUGUUGGUGAAGAGGACAGCUUCUUGGGUCAGACUUCUGCCAGCCCCAAUCCACCACAGACUUUCAACUAUUUCUCUCAAGUACCUAGUAGCAGUGAUCCAUUUGGAAGUAUUGGGCAGCCCCCCUUAACAACUGUUGCACCACCUGUUGGAGCACCAGCCUUCUCCAGGCCUUCAACUUCAUUUCCACUUGUUUCUGGAUCACAGGAUGGGCAAAAUGCCUUUUCACCACAUAUUCCACAGUCACAAUCCUCUUACAGUGCACCACCUACUUCCCAGGUGGGAAUCACAGCAUAUCAGACUCCGCAUCCAAGCUGUCCUCCACCUGCAAGUGCAUCUACUCUUCCCCAGGGAACAUCUCAGCAGGGGUAUAACCCUUACCGGCACACCAGCCUUAGCAGCAGAGCUAACCCAUACCUGACUCCACCACAGCUGCAACAGAGUCAUCCUGUUCAACCUCCGUGCUCUGUGCCACCUGUCCAGAUGUAUCAGACACCUCCAGGGUCAUUGACACAGUUUCCAGAAUCUCAGUCAGAGUUCUCAGCUCCCAGGCCUUCAGGUUCACUGGUGCAGGCACCUCCUGUUUUGCGGCAGAACCGAUAUGAGCCAGUUCAGCCCCACUGGUUCUACUGUAAGGAAGUGGAGGACAAGCAGGUGUGGAUGCCAUUCAGCUUGCUGGAUUCUGCAAAACUAGAAGAAGUCUAUAACUCCGUCCAGCCUGAUCCUGAGAGUGUGGUUCUGAGCACUGAUGGGGGACGCUAUGAUGUGUACUUGUACGACAGGAUGAGGAAAGCUGUCUACUGGGAUGAAGAGCCUUCUGAAGUGAGACGCUGCAUGUGGUUUUAUAAGGGAGAAAAGGACAGCCGGUUUAUUCCUUACACUGAGGAUUUUAGUGACAAGCUAGAGGCAGAGUAUAAAAAAGCUGUCACUACAAAUCAAUGGCAUUGGCAACUUGAAUUCACAAGUGGGGAGACAAUUGUUAUGCAUAAUCCCAAGGUCAUAGUCCAGUUCCAACCUGCCACACCAGAUGAAUGGGGUACCUCUCAAGAUGGUGAUCAGGCAAGACCAAGGAUAGUAAAGCGUGGGAUUGAUGAUGACCAUGAUGAAAUUCCUGAUGGAGAAAUGUCCCAGAUUGACCAUUUGGUAUUUAUGGUUCAUGGCAUAGGUCCUGUAUGCGACUUGAGGUUUAGAAGUAUUGUUGAAUGUGUUGAUGAUUUUAGGACUGUUUCUCUGAAGCUGUUACAGACUCACUUUAAGAAGGCUUUAGAGGAACACAAAGUGAGCAGGGUGGAAUUCCUCCCAGUUCACUGGCAUAGUUCUCUGCACGGAGAUGCAACAGGUGUAGACAGGAACAUAAAGAAGAUCACUUUGCCUAGCAUUGGACGCUUGCGGCACUUCACCAACGAAACCCUGCUCGACGUCCUGUUUUACAAUAGCCCCACCUACUGCCAGACCAUUGUGGACAAAGUGGGGCUGGAAAUGAAUCGUUUGUAUGCACUUUUCAUGAGUCGUAACCCAGACUUCAAAGGAGGAGUCUCUGUGGCUGGGCACAGUUUAGGUUCCUUAAUUCUGUUCGACAUACUGUCUCAUCAGAAGGACUUGGCAUCAUCAGUAAACACUGGACCAUUCUCUGAUGUUAAUGGGACUGGAAAGGAUGUGGCUGGUCAUGAUAAACAGAUCACUGAAGAUACCAGUUCCUUGGGCUCCUCUAUUACUACUGGUGAUGACCUUUGUGAGCCUGAAGUAGAUGAUGAUGUUCCUACUUUGCAGAAGACUCUAGAACUGCUUAGCUUGUCAGAAUAUGCUAGCACAUUUGAAAAUGAGAAAAUUGACAUGGAGUCUCUGCUCAUGUGUACAAUCGAUGACCUGAAGGAAAUGGGGAUACCUCUUGGACCAAGAAAGAAAAUAGCUAACUUUGUAAAAGACAGAGCAGCUAAGCAGGAACAAAAGAAGGCACUAGCAGAAAAGAAAGCAGUGCUGGCUGCCACGCUCCAAACUCAAGAAGAUGCCCAGAAAGCAAAAGAGACAGUUAGUUCUGUCUCCUCUUCAGAGUCAGGUCAGCUGCAUUCAAAGAGGAAGCUUCCAGUUGGUGCAUCUGUUUCUUCAAUGAACAUUGACUAUGAGUAUUUUGAGGUUGGAACUGGCCAGGUUUCUGUGGCUUACAGUCCUUUGGACUUUGAACCAGAUAUUUUCUUUGCUCUUGGUUCUCCUAUUGGUGUGUUCCUUACUGUGAGGGGUGUGGAGAAGAUUGAUGAAAACUACAGGCUUCCAACCUGCAAGGGAUUCUUCAAUAUCUAUCAUCCGCUUGAUCCAGUGGCUUACAGGUUAGAACCAAUGAUCAUUGAAGACCUGGAUUUAAAACCAGUUCUCAUUCCACAUCAUAAAGGCAGAAAAAGACUUCAUCUGGAGUUGAGAGAUUCUCUCUCUCGUAUGGGAUCUGAUCUGAAACAGGGUUUUAUUAGCUCUUUGAAGAGUGCGUGGCAGACCCUGAAUGAAUUUGCACGUGCUCAUACGUCUUCAUCUCAACUGCAAGAAGAGCUGGAGAAAGUAGCUAACCAAAUUAAAGAGGAAGAAGAAAAACAAGUGGUAGAAGCUGGAAAGGUCACUGAAAGUCCAGACCCUCCAAAAGAUGAAGAUUAUCAAGUGAAGGUUGGAAUGCUAAAUGGAGGGCGUCGGAUUGAUUAUGUUCUACAAGAAAAACCAAUAGAGAGCUUCAAUGAAUACCUUUUUGCUUUCCAGAGUCAUUUAUGCUACUGGGGAUCUGAAGACACUGCCUUGCUAUUUCUCAAAGAAAUAUACAGGACUAUGAAUAUCCAGCCUGAGCAGCCACAGCACUGAUGUAUAGAAACAUGAAUUCCAUACCUGUUACCCCGAGAGACCUGGUGAAAAAUUCUUUGAACAGCACCUAGUGUUUUCAUAGGUACAGAUGACUACAUAAGCAUCACUCUUUUUUGCCAGUCCAGAACUUGCUCACAUUCUACCUUCUUGUGUCACUUCAAGCAAACUUACAUUUUGAGAUGAUCAGCACUGUCAUUCAAGAGACGAAUGGAAUCACCCAAUGUUGACCUGAAAUCAGUUUAAUUGUACAGUUGCCAUGUGUAAAGUGAUUGUCGAAGAGGGGGUUUGCUUUUGGCAUGCAGAUCAUUGCUCCUCUCCUUCAGCUCUCCUGUCUCAGCUGGCUGUCAAACAUGCUUUGCCUACCAAGGCAGCAUGUCCUUAUUAAAAAGGACGUGUUGAGAAACAGCAAAAAUCUGCUUUUCUUGAUACAUUUGUUCAUCCAUCUUUUAGAAAUGAACUGUAGCUCUAACUAUCUUUAAUACAGAUUACACCAAAUAGUUCAUAUUUACUAAAAACUAACAACCAUAAUUUCUUACUGUUGUGUGAUGGAGAUUAUUUUAUAAAGACCUUUAUAAGCCUCUGUUAAGAGUUUUAUUGUGGUUUUUUUUUUAAGCAAAAAUGAACCUUUGACUUUGAAAACCUUAGAAGCUUGUUACAGCCAGUUCAGUGUUCACAUCUCCUGAAAUAAAGAACAAUUUGAAACAACAUUUUGAUCUGGUAGUUAAAGUAAUCUUAGAGAAACUAGGCUGCAGGUAUGAGAACGAAAACACCUUGACAUUGCAGUUUAAUAUCUCAAAACAGUUAAUGUAAAUGGAAUAAUCUGAAGCUUAUGGGUACUAGAUAAUGGUGUAAGUCCAGAUCUGCAAUCCAGACUCUGUUCUCAUGUAAUGAAGUUGAGAUGAGUUGAGUAGUAUGAUAGCCCUUGAAUAGUGAGCUUCUGUAGCUUUCCUCUGGCUUCAACUGACAUGUGAACUGUGGCUUUUCUUAAUAUUAGUGACUGAACCUUGCUGCUGACUAUUUGCCUCAUUAUGUCAGUAAAUGAAUGUUGAAAGGCCUUUGGGUUUGGUUUUUUUUUUUGUAUAUGUAAAAUACACAUAUUGUUUAUAUAUUUUGGUUAUAAUUAAAAAUACCUUAUUUCCAGUGUGUGUAUAUAUAAUAAGGGUUUGUAUUUCAUCUCCAAAAAUAGGUUGGAAGGGACCUCUGGAGAGGUUACUUAGUCCACCUUGCCUGCUCAGAGAAAGAGUGGCUUAGGGCCAUGCUCAAGGAUGGAGAUGUUUCUCCUCUUUGGGCUCUAUUCUGAUGUUUGAGUACUGUAAUUGUAAUUCUUGUUUCUAAUAUACAAUUGCAAUUUCCUGGUGGA